CUUAGGACAACAUGAUGAUUCAAUUUCCGUCCGUCUUUUUUCCCCGAGGAACGAUUCCUGUAACCCAGAGUGGCCAACAGAGGGUGUAGGACAUCCCCCACAUUGCCCACUUUCUGCAAUUUUAUGCUGGAUGUGGCAGGCGUCUUGGAGGCUAAUACUGUGACUCGCUGUCAAAUUCCUGGGCUGGACAACCCAGCUGGUAAUAAGCCUAUGGUAUUUUGUACAAGAUGGCGGUGUCGGGAGCGGAAAAGGACGGAAUAAAUACUGAAGAUGAAAAUUUGAACAAUUCAUUAUACAACCCCGGUCUAAUCUCUCCCGAUAUAGAGGAGGACAUAACACGACUACUGACUGUCCCUUUUAGCGGUCGCAUAAGAGGAGGGAUGAGGCCGGGCAAGAAGAUCAUCGUGAUGGGGAUUGUGGAUGCUGAGCCGGAAAGCUUUGACAUAAGCCUGACCUGCGGCCGAGGCACGGCGGAGGAGCCGCCUGCCGACGUGGCUCUGGAGCUCAGCGCCCUGUUCGCACACCGCCAGUUCCUGCGCAAGGCCUGCGUCUCUGGAACUUGGGGCGCGGUGGAGGACUGCAUUCCCUACUUCCCGUUCAUCCAGGACCAACCCUUUAGGAUCGAAAUUCACUGUGAGCACCAGAGGUUCCGGAUAUUUGUGGACGGACAUCAGCUGUUUGACUUUUAUCACAAGGUGCCAUCCCUGCCAGCCAUUGACACGAUAAGGAUAAGCGGAAGUCUGCAGAUCACAAAGCUGGGUUAGGCCCACCUUUCGGGAACUCGUGGAGGGAGGGGUGACCGGAGCGCCCCCGCCUCACGGAGUGGGCCCGUAACACCUGUCUCAGCAUCACCCUGCACUUCCACUACCGGUCACAUCGGCCCGUGAUGAAGUCCACCGCCGGACGUUCACACGAGUACCACCAGCUCGUUACUGUCAUUUACACGGCGUGUGGAUGAAUGAGCGCAAGGUGUGAUUGAGUGUUUCGGAUGUGAAGUAUGCGUUUAACUGUAGCUGCCAGAGCAGGGCCUAUCGCAGUAUAACCCGCAGAACACUCUGGAAUAACAUUGCUUUGCGCUAUGGUGGUGCCCGUGGAAAACACUACAAAACUAACAGAGUCAGCAUUUUUGUUCAAAUUAAACAAUAGGCUCUCAGGAAUAGAAUAUAUCCAGGUGUAUUUAUUUGAAAUAUGUAUACUGAUGAAGUACACAAAGGCAGUGGAGAGUAGAAGGUAGUAUAGGCAGGGCUGUGUUUAGUGAUUAGCCGUAGCAAACUCAAAACGCAUGGGAGGGCACAAAGGGCUAUUUUUAAAAAAUGUUCAGUUUGAUCUAAAGAGCAUGUACAUAUUGAGAGACUGCCCUUGUAAAGCUGAUACUUCUACUAAAGUCCUUCAGCCAAACUCAUCCUCUGAUUUUCUAUGACAACUCUAGGUGCCUUUAAAAGGAAGAAGCACUGGUCUAUGAACACAUCCUCAGUUGUACUUGUUGAAAUCUAAAAAUGUCUCAGUUCCGUUUAAACAUUGACAGUAAGGACUGGGUUGCAAUAUGUAAAUAAUUUUUUUUACUCUUUAAAUGAGCAACCACAAGCAGAAGCUGUUUUAUAUUUCUCAGCUCUGAGGAGAAAUUGCAACAACUAAAUAAUUGAAAUUGAAAGUGAAUCUAACAUAUUGGGUAUCCUUGGCCGUUGAUUAAAAAAGUACUCUAGCAUUGAGUGUAGGGCUCUUAGAUGUGCUGUAGGUAUACAUAACAGCCGUAACAGUCUUUCUGACACUAAUGCUACCAUUAGCAUUGUACUGUUAUAAUAGGCAGUGAUGAGAAAUGGGGCUGAAUUAUUUAUACAUUUUUUUACCGAAUGUACUCUCUGGAUUUAAUUUUUAUUAAGGAUGUGAAAAUGUCCCGCGCUUUCAUCUUUUUUAAAAGUGAAUAUUAAGAGGUCCCCCUGGUUUUGCUUUCGCCAUGGUUUCUCCCAGACUUUGAGGAUUUUUGCUGCAUUAUUCAUGGUCUCUGUCCCACUGGCACAGCGCUCUACGGCACCUCCUCUCCCGCACCUCCUCUCCCGCUGCGCUCCAGCUCCCUCCCUCCCCGGAGCUUCCUGCUGAAGAGGCUUUUGUGUGCGUCCCGUAAAUCCGACGCGGCCUGCGGUACUUUUGCUGACGCAGCUCGGUGGACGUUGUCUGGCAGAGAGCAGCACCGUGAGGUCCUCUCCCCAGAAAUUCACACUUAAACCAACCGGCGAAGAGCCUUUUGCAGCUUCAAGCAAGGAGUAAAUCCACUAUUCUGAUUUUAAUACGUACACUUUUAUCAGAAGGGAAGUACCUCUGACGAAGGGAACGAGGUGCUUGAUAGUGGAGUUCUGGUGCUAUCUUUCACUGUGUGUGUCUCAGUUACUAUGUAGGGGAUUGUGUUUUUGUUGGUCGGCGGUUGUUUGUUGUCGCUCUCCGUGUCAUUUUCAUGAGGAAAAAGUGUGCACACCAGAACCAUGAAAAUGCCAUGGCAGGUCAAGCACUUCCGUUUCCCUGAUCAUAAUCCCCCCCCCCCAUCCCCCAUCUCUCUCUGAUACCACAGUGGAGACAAGAAAACAUUUGUCAAGCGUACUGAUGACCUAUUGUUCCAUGAAGCCGUUGCGUUGUAGCGAAGCUCUCCACCAUCAUCUGCUUCUGUUGAGUCACCGUGCUGCGCUGUGCUUUCUGCACAUAUAACAGUCCUUUUAAGAAAUGAUAAUAGAGAGACUAUCGAGCCAUAUAAAAUAAUUGUUGCUGUUGCUGUUUUUUUCCAGUCUCUGAGUAGUCCGGUCUCUGUGGCUGCCUACAUUCCAAGCUCUGUCCUUCACACAGAAAGGGUAGUGGAAAUACAAUGGGUGUGUCUUGUCUUGUGCCAUACGUUUAGUGUAAAAAGGCUAGUUGUUUGUUGCUGUAUAGUAUUAGGAACUGUCCUCAAGCUCAUCACAGUUUGUUUUGUGUAAUUAUGCUCCCUUUGAAUGUGUGCAGCUGUACUGUUGGGUAUUGGAUUUCAGGAAAACCUGAUAACGUAGAGUAUGGCAAUAAUAUGUGUUUUGAUUGUUCAUCUGGAUGGGGAAAUUAUGAUUGAGCACACAGCGCAUACAUGUACUUGUUAAUUGCAAGUUACCGUGCAGAUAUGGAAGAUGCUUCUUUUUGUUAUGUUUGUUUGAAUCUGCAAAGAUUGCUUACUGCAUUAGCAGCAAUAAGUCAGCAAUAAGCUCCAAUAUAAAGGGCACGCCAUUGGUUUUUUAAAAUUGCGUAUUAAUGGGUCUGAUUGGAGUGGGAACCAGAGUUUCUGUUCAUCACAAAAGUGGACCAGUUUACCGGCUGCAUGGAUUACAUGGAGUUGACUGGGACCAAAAGGGUGCAUCUCAACAAUAGUGUUUUUGUGUGAGGAACAUAGGGUUUUAUCAUUUGCUUUGCAUUCAAUGCAGAGCUGGGCAUGUCGAGGUUCUGCUGCCCCAGGACAGUGUUCAGCUGUCUGCACAAGCCGAAGCAGGGGUGUGGUAAAAUGGGGCUUGCUGUUCAGGGUUUCUGAUAAGCAAAUGUUGUUAAUUUAUGUUUGUAAAAAUGACCACUGUAAUUGAGAGACAUUGUGCUGCACUUAAUAUUUUGGGAAAUUAAUUGGUAUUGAUAGAUAUAGCUAUUUUAUGUACUUAUGCCAAUUAAGCUUGAGCUUGCUUGAACUAAUACCAGUGUUUACAUGAUCCUUCAUGAAAUAAAUUUGCUGGAUUUAAAACUAUUGUUCUCACACACAGUUCUACAUGAAUAUAAUUCAACACACUUGGUUUAAAGUAUGAUGAUUUGCAAGCCAUUUCUAAAAAUAACCCCCAAAACCUUAAAGUUUUACUUGCAAAUGCCAAUGGUUGUCCACUGCAGCCAUUGCAUAUUUAUGCAAGUUAUACAUCAUUAACUAUAUUGGCUGUCAAUUAAUGAAUUUCUUUGUAUGUUUCCUAUGUGCUUUCAAAACAGAGCAUUGAAAAACCUACCAAAAAUAGCCUGAUGCAAUACCUUCUUCUGGUGCAGUGUUGCUGUACUUGUUGCUGCAACUCUGGGAUUAUCUGUGUUUCAUCACUCUUGGACUGAAUCCUUUUUGUGAUAGAGCUCUCAUCUUCAGUAAGACAUAUUAAGAUCAUUUUUCAGCUUUACUAAAACAUUUUCAGCACUGCACUAUUUGCAUUACAAAGAGGCCUUGGACACAAAUUGGAAUAGAUUCAAAAUGAAUGUCACUGCUCCUGAUUGUAACCAAGUGUUCAUGCAACCAGUAUUCCUGCCAUCUGAAUUGAUGUACGUAUUGCCGAAACAAGGCCUGUUUUUGCAAGUUUGCAAGCUGUAGUUAAGGUGAAGUGUGGUAGAAACUAUAUUUCCCUUCAUCAGUUAUUCUAUUGCAGUGGUACUAUUUUCCCUACAGGAUUUAACUGCAUUGAGAACAUCAAAAUCAAGUCCUGGUGUGGAUUAGCCUGGUGUCAAAUGUGGAUUAUUAAUUUAUUUUCCCAUUAAAAUGGUGUGGGUAUUCGGAUUAACGAUUGUUAUGAUAUUGUGAAAGUAAUGUUUGUGUAUGUAAUCAAGUUUAUUUUUAAUUUAUAAAUUUGAGGUCUGUUACGAAAGACAGCUUGAUUUGAGAUUAUAUUACAAGUACAAUAUGAGCAUGUACAAUUUAAAGAACUCUUCAUUCUUACCAAAUUGUUCACCAAUUGACUUAGUAAAUAAAAAUGCACUUUCCAACAUAAGCUAAGAAUAUAGCAUGAAAAGAUGAUUGCGUUACCAAAUGACCAUUGUUACAUAUUCUGUUUAAAAGAAGACAUCCCAGGGAGGUUUGUAUUUGUCUUUGUUUUUUCUUCCUGGUCUUAUACUGUUUAUCUGCUCCAUCAUUGACUCAUUUGACCAGAUGCUUUACUGAAAUAAACGACUGUGCUUUCUAUACAGAAUGUGUGUACAGGAAAUGGGCUGUUUCUGUUAAUUUAUGAAAUGACUAGCCUUCUUAGAGGUGCUAUGAUACUUUUUCCCUUUUCAAUCUCACGAUAUGGUCUUAAUUCCUAACAUAGGAAAAUUUGUAUUUGUUAGCUUUUUUAAAUAUGUUAUUCUGGUGCUUGUGUCAUUCCAUUAUUACAUUUUUAUUGUGCUUUUUAAAAUAACUUACAAAUAAACUUGCUCUGUGAA